UCGGCUUGUUGCUUUUUAUUCUGCCGGCCGCCUGCAUUUGACAAUUCAAUUUAAUUCCACCAAUUAACGCAGCUGCACUCAAGAUGUCGGAACAAUGGGAGGUGGUCUCCAAGUCGCGCAAGCAGAAGAAUCUGGACAAGAAGGUGAUCGCCCACACGGAGCAGAAGCGGAUUGCGGCCCAGCUGCCGAAACUGGAGGAGCUGUUGCCAACUCAGCGAUAUCGCAAUCUGUUCGGCUCCAGCAGCAGCAACAACAACAACAAGUCGCACUCCCCCGCGAAAUCCAGUUCAAGUGCCUCGUCCUCAUCGAAAGCCAAUAAAUCGCCUGUGAAGAAGAACGCCGUGAAGAACGCUAGUGCCUCGACAUCGACUCAGAAGAAGUCGUCCACGUCGUCCGCGGUGGCCAAGCCGAAGACCCUGGAGCUGGCCUUGAGGAACAUCACCCGGGACGACUUUGCCGCCCAACUGGAGCAGGUUAAGCUCAGUUGUCCUGGCUCCGAGCUGCGCUGGCUGAGUCACAUUGCCCAGUACUUCAAUGGCGCCCUCUCCUACGACUGCGAUCCCAUCUUCUCCGGCCGCUCGGCCCAGUACCCCAGCAACUUGGCCAGUGCCUCGCUUAAGUAUUCCGUUGUGGAGUUCCUGGGCAGCGUUGGCGAGCAGAACCUGGAGUACUUCUUCUACUCCCUGCUGGACAGCAUGGCCACGGAUCUGAACAACAACCAGACGGUGGCCGGCUACAAGCUGGUGCUCCAGCUGAUCGGUCAGAACUGGCCGAGUAUUUGCUCAAGGAACCUGGCCAAGACUGCGUUGCUGCGGAACUCCUACCAGAACCGCAGCAACAUCUGCCUUAGCAUUCUUUGGGCCAUUGGCCAGGGCGGCUACCAAUCGCUGAACGAGGGCGUCAGGGUGUGGCAUAACCUGAUGCUGCCCAACAUGGAGCUGAAGCAGUACACCAAGUUCGUGGUGGAGUACAUGGAGCGGGCUCUGAGUGCAGCUGCCGCCCGGAAGCCGGCGGACCCGCUGCUACUCAACCAGCAGGAGUUCUUCGCCACCUACAAUGCCCUGAAUGCGUCCUACAACAACCUGCCGAAGGAGUGGCAGCAAAGUCUGAAGCGAAGUGCACGCUUGUUGCUCCAAAACUAUAUCGACAGUCCCGUGAAGCAUGCCAAUAUAUUUCUGACGCUCUUCCGCGAGAUAAGUGCAUCCUCCAAGCAGAACAACGAGAUCGAAGGCUGUAUUAGUUGCCUGCUCAGCAGCGGCCGAGACGAUUGCCUCAGAGUGUGGCGCAUGAACUACAAAAAGCAACCGCUGCCUAGUCUAUUGCUACUGAGAGCUAUAGACGAGAAUUGGCCCACGUCUACACACAAAUUGGCUACGUCGCCUGUAUACCACUCAUUUCUACAAGAUGUAGAGAAUCUGAACGAAGAACUUCAGGCCAGCAAGCGCAAAGACGGCAACUUCGAAUGCUUAAAAGAAGUAUUGCUGAGUGUCCAGGAGAAGAGCAGCGCUCAGCAGAAGAAGAACAAACAGAAUGCUGCUGCACAGAAAAAGAAAUGCGGAUGCUGCAAGUGGACGUUGGGCAGCCUCUUCAUCAUUGCCCUGAUUGCCGGAGCUCUCUACUACGACACCGAGGUCAACGGCAAGGGGGUGUUCGAGAAAUCGGCCACCGGCAAGGUGCUGAAGAACGCCGGAGUGCUGCCGCACGUGCAGAAGACCUGGUACACGGUUAUGAGCGCCGGAGCACGGGGCUACAAGUGGGCGGAGGUGAAUGUCCCGCCGUACGCAGAGCCGGCGAUCAAGACCACCGGCGACCUGUGGAAGCUGGCGAGGAAUGCGGCCUGCAACGUUUACCAGAACGGCAAGGGAUACUUCGGCGCAAAGUGGCCCGUUGUGGCCAAAUUCAUUGACCAAUACGUGCCCAAUUUGUCUGGCAAGAUCGAAGCCUUUGCCGCGGGCGUCAGCGAUUUUGCCGUCAGCAGCUACGACAAGUCUGCCGCGCUCGUUAAGGAAAAGGUGCUUGUUGGCCGUCUCUCGCCCGAGAACAUCAAUCAGGCGCUGAACCAGACGCGUAACGUGGCCUUGGAGUUCUACAACCAGUUUCACAAAAAGGUCGACGCAUACGCCAAGCUCAAAUGAUUCUAAGCGUCAGGCACGCUUACCACCUCUCUAACAGCAACAUCAUCAGCAGCUGCAGCAGAAGCAAACACAAAACGCGUCAUAGUAAAUAGUGAAGGAAACCCUAAUUUUUCGCAAUUAGUUAAAAAACCGGAAAAUGUUCUAUCAGUCGAAACUCAAGAAGCCAUUCACAUUCAUUAACAACUUCUCGUCAGUCUAAUUAAGAAAAAAGCAAUACGAGCAAAUCUUUGUGGAUGCCGAUAGUGUACACUAACAACCUAGUAAAUUCCACCUCUAUACUGAUAAAUUAGUUAAAAACCCGAAAAAAUUUCUGUUGUGCAACAUUUGUUUAAACAUUUUUCUCCAAGAAGAGAAAACAUUAUUUUUAAAUUUGUUUGCAACGGCUAAAGAGUUUUGUAAAAAGGUCUAUCAAAAAAAAUUUUGUAAUUGUAAUUAUUUAAGUGCGUUUUUUGUGGCAAUGCGCGAACUGUUAACUUUAUUGUGUUAACUGAACUUAACAAUUCCAACUGCAUUUUGAAGGCAAACAAUAGAUUCAUAUAUUUUUAUACUUUUA